AUGCAUCUCAACAUGUUCUCCAGGAUGUCCCUGUCGCUCCUCUUGGUCUCCGUCGGACUGGCGAUCGUCACCGCUCAGUUCAACGGUUAUGGAGGCUACGGAAACGGAGGUCGCGCAUACGGAGGCUACAACGGAGGAUACGACGGACAAGCUUACGCAGGAAACAACAGCGCGAGUCGUGGUAACAGUGGCAACUACGGCGGAUACGGACCGUACGGCGGAUAUGGAGGAUACGGCGGAUACGGACCGUACGGCGCAUAUGGAGGAUACGGCAGAUACGGACCGUACGGCGGAUACGGAGGGUACGGCGGAUACGGACCGUACGGCGGAUACGGACCGUACGGCGGAUACGGAAGAUACGGAAGGUACGGCGGAUACGGAGGAUAUGGAGCAUACGGCGGACGCGGUUACGGAAGCUACAAUGGAGGAUACGGAGGGUACGGCGCAUAUGGGAGGGGAUACGGAGGCUACAACAACGGAUACAGAGGGUACGCCGGCGGCUCGAACGGCGGCCCUGGUGCCUAUAACGGCUAUGUAGGAUACUCCGCGUGA